AUUGUCAUCAUCUACACCAAUCUCUCUGCAGAAUGGGCCAGUUCAACAGUGCAACCGACUCCACUCAGCACUUCAACAGGUCAGAAACCUCAAUUUAGAAACUUAAUAAAUAACGAAACCAGAACUAUCAUGACAGCACUGAUCAUCAUCACUAAUCUGACCUCAGAAAUCAAGGCAGUACUGACCACUCCAGCCCAGUAUGUGUCCCCAGGACUGUACCAUGUAGAAAACCCACAUGAGUACCACUUCAUCCUGGAUGAGCCGGAGAAAUGCCUGGAGCAGAACCCCUUUCUGGUUCUGAUAAUGCCAGUGGCACCCUACAACAGGGUGGCGCUUGACAUUGCCUGCAGUACUUGGGGUAGUGCUAGACAGGUACUGGGAAAAGAGGUGGGUCUGUUCUUCCUGCUGAGAAUGCACAAUGGAGAGGGAACGGGGCAGCUUCAGGAGAAAGUGCAGCAAGAGAGCAAAGAGCACUAGGAUCUGCUGCAGAGCGAUAUCAAGAACUGCUACAAAAACCUGACCAUCAAGGCCAUGGUGAUGCUGGAGUGGCUGAGCUCUCGCUGCCCCAACACCUCCUGUGCCAUGAAGAUCGACGCCGUGGUGUUCCUCGAGGUGCACAACCUGAUCAACAUGCUGCUUAACACUUCAAAGCUGAACUACAUGACUGGACAGGUGAUCUAUUCAAACCCUGUUAUAAAUAAUACAUUCCCAAGGAGGAUUUUCUUGAGACUGUGUAUCAGAGGAGGCUGGUGGGAGGAGCUAUAGGAGGACAGGUUCAUUGUAAUGGCUGGAAUGGAAUAAAUGGAACAAUCAAACAAAGGGAAGGGAAAGGGGGAUACCUCGUCAGUUGUACAACUGAAUGCACUCAACUGAAAUGUGUCUUCCGCAUUUAACCCAACCCCUCUGAAUCAGAGAGGUGCGGGGGGCUGCCUUAAUCGACGUCCACGUCAUCGGCCCCCGGGGAGCAGUUGUUGUUGGAGGUUAACUGCCUUGCUCAGGGUCAGAACAACAGAUUUUUACCUUGUCGGCUCGGGGAUUCGAUCCAGCAACCUUUCGGUUACUGGCCCUAUGUUUGAUACCGUUUCUUUACAAUGAGCCUGUCCUCCUUUAACUCCCCCCACCAGCCUCCUCUGCCUUAUUCCCAACUAAUACUGUGGGCCACAGCUAUAUCUUCUCCAUGGACCUCCCCAGGAAGCUUGUGGAGGUGUCCAGGCAUGUUCAAGCCCUCUUCUUAGAGGAUGUCUAUAUGGGACAGUGUAUGAAACACCUGGGCAUCCCACCUACUGACCCCUCCACUGGCCCCAGUGUUGCCUUCUUUCAGGAGGUUACAGGCACCCAGAACCACUGUUUCUAUAGCAUCCUGGAUGAGCAGUUACUGGACAUACAGAGGAAUGAAACCACCUCAUCCAGGUUUUCCCCGCCACUUAAAAUCGCUGCAGCUAUGCCAGGCUGAGCGGUCGCUGGUCAGAGUGUGUAUGCUGGCCCAUGUGCUCCUAAUUGAGAGCUUGUUAAUUGCGUAUUAUUUUGAGAAAUGUGAUGCGCUCCCUGAUUCCAAACUCCUUUGUUUGAAGUGCGGCCGCCCAUGGGAAGGUGCAGGUGAACCGGAAGCUGACGUUUGUGUUGAGAGGUAGCAUUUAUUUUGUAUGCCUUGGUUAUGCUACGAGAAGUAUUAUUUUGAUUGUAUGACCUGAGUUAAAGUUCAUGUUGAAUCUAAUUUUAGUUUUUUCAAAUUGCUGCUUGGAGCUAGAAUUGGGAUAAUGUAUACUGUGCUAAUACAGAUACAAAAAUACAGAGAACAAGCUACAAUACAGUAAACUUAGCAAACGAGGCAUUUGUGGUAAGUAUAUAGAGGCUGCCAUCUUUAUGCACGUCUGCCAUUAAUAAACAUGACAUUCAAUUGACCCCAACCUUGAAAUGCACGCACUCACAUACAAUCAUUGUUGUAGUCAGUGUUCAUAAGGGUCUGACUGAGCUCAUUAUUAGAUCAGGAGAUCUCUGUGGAUGGAUCACCACUGGCUCAUUAAGUUCUCCAAACACAUUUUUUACAAAAUAAACUCCUCCUGUUGCCAACCCUACUGUUACCAACCCUGCUGUUGCCAGUCCUACAUUUAUUUUCACCACUUCACACAUCUAUACAUUUCGUACAAGCUCAGUUGUUUCCAUGUUUCCUCUUCUGACUUUUUCAAAAGGAAGCGAUGAGAGGACGGGAGAAGAGGUCGCAACGAGUCAAAGAAAUCUAAUUGAGAAGAGGCCCAUGGAAACUGGAAAUAUAAUGGGCGCCUUCCUGCUGGGC